UAUGUUGUCUGAUUUUGAAAUAUCUAAAUGGGCUUAGCAUUGAGGCAGUGACCAGAAACCACACCACCAUAUCCGUAGUCUCAAGCUCUCAACACAGCUUCAAACUGUGUUCUUGAUCUCAAUUCAAAGAUGACAAUGAGGUAUUUCUGUGCAGUUCGAUCUGCCCCCUUAGUACCUUUACCAGGUGGAAGUUUCAGCUCUUCAAGGGCUCGAGUAGCUUUCAGUAGAAAAAUCUUCUUCUGUCAUGCCAAGUUUGCAGAUUCUGGGAUAGAGGGUACGGUUAGUUUAAAAAUGGUAUCUCCAACUCUUUUAGCAGCAGAAAAAGAAGAAGCCAAGGCUGUCUUAACCUUGUUCUUGAAAAAACAAGGUUUGAGUAAUGUUGUUGCUGCAAGAACCAUCAAUAAGUCAGACUCCUUUAUUGAGCACCUAAUCUCAAGGCUUCAUGUUGUUCACAAAUCUCGCUAUCUAGUAGGAAGGGAGUUAACAACCCUUGAGAUCAGGGAGGCUCUUAUUCCCUACCUUGAAACUCUUCAUGAGGAGAAUGGGGAUCUUAUAAUAGAUGUGGUUGAAAGCUUUCCAAACCCACCUGUUAAAGAAAAACCAGUUUCAUCUGUUUCUCCAUCUGAUACACCCGAUACACCUGUUACACCCGUUACAUCUGCCAAUAGUAAGAAGCUGAAAGCCAUAUCUCGAGUGAGUGAGAUAGACAUAGAUGGGAAUCUUCGGCCUAACAUCCUAUACCUCCAAGAACUUGGCUUGGAUCUCGAUCAGAUUAAAGGAAUUACACGAAGAUUUCCCUCUUUCGCAUACUACAGCUUGGAAGGAAAAAUAAAGCCAGUAGUUGAGUUUCUUCUUGAUCUUGGUGUGUCAAAAUCAGAUAUUCCCAACAUCCUUCACAAGAGACCUCAGUUGUGUGGAAUCAGUCUCCAUGAAAAUAUUAGACCCACCAUGAAGUUCUUAGAGGGUUUGGGGGUGGACAAGACACAAUGGGCAAAAGUGAUAUACCGUUUUCCAGCUUUGCUCACUUAUAGCAGGCAGAAGAUGCAGACCGCUGUAGAUUUUCUGUACGACAUUGGCCUAUCCAAAGAGAACAUAGGUAAAGUUCUUACACGUUGGCCAAAUAUAACAAGUUAUAGCGUGGAAGAUAAGUUACAGCCUACUGCCAAGUAUUUUCGCUCGUUAGGUGUUGAUGUAUCUGUCCUUAUUCUUCGAGCUCCACAAACUUUUGGUCUAAGUAUUGAGGCAAAUUUGAAGCCAAUCACAGAGUUUUUCUUGGAGAAUGGAUACACCAAGGAUGAAGUUGGGACCAUGAUUUCAAGAUAUGGAGCAUUAUACACUUUUAGCUUGAACGAGAACUUGAUACCAAAGUGGAAGUUUUACUUGACCAUGGAGUAUCCAAAAUCAGAGCUUGUCAAAUUCCCUCAAUAUUUUGGUUACAGCUUGGAGGAAAGGAUCAAGCCCAGGUAUGCACUUAUGAAGGAAUGUGGGGUGACAUUACUACUGAACCAGCUAUUGUCACUAUCGCGUAGUAAUUUUGAAAAGGCUUUAGAGGCGAAAGUGAAGAAGCUAGUUCCAGAUGAGGAUCAAAGCUCGUAAUAGCCACAGAGGCAAAUUAACUGUGAAAUAUUUGAGCAGGCAUUAGAAGAAAUCAGGAUUCAAAUAUGCCGGGCAUUUUCGAAUGUCGUUACUAGGCUUGAGUCCUAUAAACUACUGCAUUUUACCUCGGAGACAUAGGGCCUCAAUCUUGUUACUAAAUUUUAUGGCCUAUAAAAGUGAACAUAAAAUUCUUCAUCUAAGCAAAAAAACAUGGGCUUUUUCUCUUCUCUGGUGAGCUCUAACAAAGCUGCAAGCAGUUCCUUUGCAGCAUCUAUUUCCCAGGCCUUUCCUUCUGUCUUGAUCUUCCUUUCCUAAUAUAGUCUAUAUGAAAAGCUAGUGGAAAGUAAACUAACUAUAAUGCUUUCAUCUUAUUACCAAACUGUUUCUGAAACAAGUUAGACUUUUGACACUUGGGUGAAAAUGUAACUGUUCUAUAAAUUCUGAUAAACAUAAUCUGUUAGGAUU